CAAACCAGUAACACCAGAAAAGAAAUACAAACUCCGCCGCCCGCCCAGAGAUGCCUUUGCCGACGGAGAAGCAUUUUCCAUAGAUUUUCUCAUCAAACAACGUUAAUUUUCUCAACCAAAUGCAGACAUAAUCAGCAAACUCUUGCUAGAUCAAAACUUCACUUUGUCUAUAAAGCCAAAUCAUGCACCUUAAUCUUCUCAAGUACUGAUACUGAUCAAAAUGGAUUGGAAACUUAGCUCAAUCUUGGCUUCUAUCAUUACACUUGUGUCUACUACACUGGUAGUGAAAUUACUGAAUUGGGUCUGGUUUAGGCCUAAGAAGCUGGAGAAACUUCUUAGGAAGCAAGGUCUCAGUGGGAACCCGUACAGACUCUUCCUUGGAGACAUGCAAGACUUUGGCAAUGUCAUGAAAACUGAACAACCCAAAACACUGAAGCUUUCAGACGAUCUACCACCUCAUAUUCUUCCAUAUUACCACAACAUCAUUCAUAAGUAUGGUAAACUUUCUUUCGUCUGGUUUGGACCUUCACCGAGAGUGAAUGUUGCUGAUCCGGAGCUUAUUAAGGAGAUCUUGUCGAAACCUGGUCUGUUCCAUAAGCCGCUUCCGGACCCUAUUGGUGAAACAAUUGUGGGAGGGCUUCUGUUUCUUGAAGGUGACAAAUGGGCUAAACACAGAAAAAUCAUCAACCAGGCUUUCCAUAUGGAGAAGUUGAAAAAUAUGAUACCGGCAAUGUUCUUGAGUUGUUCAAAAAUGAUAGAGAAAUGGGAAGCUUCAAUUUCUAGCUGUGGAAGUUCACAGGAAAUCGACGUUUGGCCUUCUCUUGAAGAUUUGUCGGGGGAUGUGAUUUCUCGGACAGCAUUUGGCAGUAGCUAUGAAGAAGGAAGAAGAAUAUUUGAGCUCCAAAAAGAACAAGUUAAGCUUGUUUUGCACCUCCUUCAGUUCUCUUUUAUUCCAGGAUGGAGAUACUUUCCCACCAACGCAAAUAGACGGUUGAGAGAAAUCACCAAACAGAUCGAAUCAUUGCUAAGAGGUAUUAUCAACCAAAGGGGGAAGGCAAUGGAAAGGGCCGACGGAGAGAUCAUCCGCAAUGACCUAUUGGGCAUAUUAAUGGAAUCCAAUUUCAGAGAAAUUCAACAACAUGGGAACAAGAAUGUGGGGUUGAGUAUCGAAGAUGUGAUCGAGGAGUGUAAGCUAUUCUACUUUGCUGGGAAGGAAACCACUUCCAACUUGCUUGUGUGGACAAUGGUGCUGCUGAGCAAACAUCAGGACUGGCAAGCUCGUGCCAGAGAAGAGGUAUUGCAAGUUUUUGGGAAGAAACAACCGACUUUUGAUGGUCUCCACCAGCUGAAAAUUGUAACGAUGAUUUUCCAAGAGGUUCUGAGGUUGUAUCCACCGGCGCCUUUGAUCAUUCGAGCACCUACAAAGACAGUGCAACUGGGAAGCACAAUUAUACCGGUAGGAGUACAGCUGACGCUACUGAUAGGCCUACUCCAUCAUGAUCCCGAUAUUUGGGGCAAUGAUGUGAAGGAAUUCAAGCCGGAGAGAUUUUCAGAAGGAAUUUCGAGUGCAACAAAGACUCAAUACUCCUUCAUUCCAUUCAGCUCAGGUCCUCGGGUCUGUGUCGGCCAAAACUUUGCGAUGAUUGAGGCAAAAAUGGCUUUGGCAAUGAUACUACAACACUUCUCAUUUGAGUUGUCCUCUUCUUACUUGCAUGCUCCUUUCCCAAUUAUGACUUUACAACCCCAGUACGGUGCUCCUUUGAUUGUGCGUAAGCUAUAAACACUUGUAUUAUCAGACUUUGGGAUUAAACAAGACAAAUUCAAGGAAAAUAUAUAGUAGUUGUACUAUUUAAACAGAGAAAACAUUUACCUCACUGAAAACAUAGCUUCCAAUGUGU